UCCAAACCAUCGCCCACCACUCAUCCCUGAUCUUUCUCUUGACCGACUAUCUUCUCUUCUUCACUUCCACAGCCAUGGCAGACUGGCUUGUUGGUCCAGUCGUGGAUAGGAUCAUCAACGCUUGCUCUGAUUACCUGCAAGAUCAAUUCAGAUGGCAGACAGGCAUGAAGGAGGAGCUUGAAAGGCUGCGAGUGAACCACCCUAAGAUCCAAGCUGUCGUCUCUGCUUUUUCCACUCAAGCAGACAUCUCAGAUCAAAAUCCGGCGCUCAACGACUGGAUAUGGCUGCUUAGAGAUGCCAUCGAUGAGGCGGAUGAUUUGCUCGAUGAGUUGGAGUACAUGAAGCUUAAAAAACAGCUGAUCAAAAAUAAGAAGCGACGAAAGGUGCGUUUGGCCAUUAGCUUUUUAAAGAGAACAGGACAACGUGCUCUCAAAAUUGAUCCCUACUUGAAGAGACUGACGGAGGUUGUGCAGAAACUCGAUAAAGUUUCAGCUGAGGUUGGCACUUUCCUUCAUCUUGCAGAAAACGCCAAGCAGCAGCAGCAGAAGCAGGAGCUUGAGUUGUACAAAACUCGUGAAACAGGAUCCUUGCCUAAAAAUGACCUCGUCGGUCGAGGCAAGGAUAUGGAAUUUGUUAUGCAGUGGUUGAGGAAUCCAUCAAAUGAAGAUCCAACUCAUAUUACUUUGUACAAGAACAUUUCUCUUUUAUCUAUAGUGGGUCAUGGUGGUAUGGGUAAGACGGCUCUCUUACAACAUGUCUAUCAAGAUCUGAAAGAGGAAUUUGAUCUUAAAAUGUGGGUUUGUGUUUCCAACAACUUUGAAGUGAAAAAAGUCAUAGCAGAUAUGUUGGAAUGUCUUAAAAUGAAGAAGCCUGAUGUAGAGUCACUUGAUGCGCUUCAAAGAAGUCUUAAAUCUGAGGUGAUGUCCAAGAAGUUCUUACUUGUGCUUGAUGAUGUUUGGGAGGAGGAGCAGGAGAGUGAUAAAAGCAAAUGGGAGAAUGUGUUCUCCCCUUUAGCUUAUGGAACUUUGGGAAGUAAGAUUUUGGUAACAACUCGGAUGGAUUCAGUUGCGACGGUGAUUGCAAAGGUGAUAAAAAAGAAGAAGAAAACAUUGAGAUUAAAGGGCUUGGGGGAUGAUGAAAGUUUGCAGCUUCUCAACAUCCACGCAUUUGCUGAUGUAGAAAACCUUGAUAAUCAUAAACAAUUAAGAAGCAUUGCUAGAGAGAUUGUUAAAACUCUCUCAGGGUCUCCUUUGGCAAUUAAAGUUGUUGGUGGUGUUCUGAGUUCUAGCUUGAAUGUGAGUCAUUGGAUAAGAGUUUUAAACAGUGAUAUUGGAAGUGCUAGCCUUGGUCAGAGCAACAUCAUGCACAUCUUAAGAUUGAGCUACAAAUUCCUCCCAAGACCUUUACAGAAUUGUUUCACAUUUUGUAGCAUAUUUCCGCAAGAUCAUAACUUUAUUAGAGAUGAUUUAGUCAAAAUGUGGAUUUCAUUGGGUUUCAUUCAGACACCUUCAAUUUCAGGAGAGACCAUGGAAGAUAUCGGAGGCAAGUGUUUUGAUAUUUUGGUCAAAAAAUCUUUCUUUGACAAUUUUGAACCAUAUUACAAGAUGCAUGAUUUUUUACAUGAAUUAGCACAAUCUAUUUCUGCACAAGAAUGCUUCAGAGUUGUGGGGGAUAAAGAACCUUUUAGAAUUCUGAAAACUAUUCGACAUUUAUUUGUUGAAACUUCCAAUAUAGAAGUAUUGAGAAAGAUUAUUGAGUUUAAAAAUUUGCAUUCACUUUUUUUGAGAUACCGGGGAGAUGAUCAAGAUUUUAUUCAAAUACUUACUGAGCUUUUCAAAUCAUUGAGAAGGAUUCGGUUGAUGUUCAUAUAUCAUAUGGAUCUCAAAUUGAUACCUGAGGAGAUUGCAAAUUUGAUACAUCUCAGAUACUUGAAUGUACGUUAUACUGAUAUCACUCGACUGCCAAGAACUCUAAACAAUCUUCAUCACUUACAGUUCAUAAUCUAUAAAAAUUUUAAGUGGAACCUUUGUAAUGAUCGCAGAAAAUUGCAGAAAGCCUUGUCUGAGAUGCCUGGAAUUGGAAUGUUGAAGUCUCUUCGAGAACUGGAUUGGUUCUCUGUUAAGAAUGAGAAGGGUUUUAAAAUUGGGGAGCUGGAACAUUUGAAUGAGCUUCGCAGAUUAAGAAUCAGUUCUCUUGAAAGUGUGAAGGAUGCUAAAGAAGCAUGCAUUGCCAAAUUAUGUGAAAAGAGAAACCUAACAGAUUUGUGGUUAGUCUGGGGUGAUGAAAGUAAAACCUUGAGGAACACUUUAGAUACUGUCUUAGAUGAGGAAGUGCUCGAAAACCUUCAACCACACAACAAACUAGAGCAUCUACGCAUAUAUGCAUACAUGGGUGCAAAGUCUGCACGGUGGAUGGAUAAUGCCAAUUAUAUCUUCAAUCUAAAAUUCAUUGAGUUGUCUAGAUGUUUGGAGUGGGAAACUCUUCCACCUUUUGAGCAGCUUCCCUUUCUUAAGACUCUGUUCCUUCAUGACAUGCCAAAAGCAAAGUGUUUUUAUAAUAAAUUUCAUGGGAAUGGUAAGGCUUGUGUUUUUCCAUCACUAGAGCGGCUAGAUAUUACGAAAUUAGAAGCAUUAGAGCAUUGAUUUGAUGCAACAGAAGAUGCUUGGCCUUUUCCUUGCUUACAUAUACUCAGGCUCAAAGACUGCCCAAAUUUGCAGGAGUUGUCCUCUAGACC